GACCAUGUUCGAGGCCCUGGUGGAGAUGCCCAGUAAGAAGACUUGGUAUUUGUACGGUGCUGCAGAGCGGUUCUGCCCUGUGCCGCGUUGGUGGCACCCGGACGGGGUGAACUUGAGCUGGUAUGUAUUCGACCGUGGUGAGAAGGGUUCGCUCUCGAGGUGCAUGCGGCGGCGGCAUCUCCAAGAUCUCGCGGGCAUUCCCGAUCCCGCUGCUCGUCAUCGAGCCUCGUUGCUGGAUUGGGUAAUGGAUUCGGCGUGUGCCGACCAUGACGUGCAGAAUGCUCUGUGUGUCAGCUGCUCAUUUGGCAUCGACGGCAAGGACGCGAUGUACAAUAACAUAUUCAAGGCCAUCCGGUCCGCUAGGGACACACUCGACACGCUCAUGGAAACCUUGCCGGAGUGGCUGCGGGACCUUCAGGUGUCCGCGGGCCCCUACGACAUGGACGCCGUCCGCGAGUUGUGGUUGGCCAUGGGCGCCAAACCGCACAUUGCCGAGCCAGGCGCGGGCGAGUGGUACUCUCAUUGCUAUGACCUGCUGGACCCUGUUGCGCGGCGUUUCGUCUGCAAGACGGCCCUCGCGUCGCACGCGACCGACCGCAUGCACGCGCUGUUGCUGAAGGACGACCGCGUCGCGAAGAACCCGGCGAAGUUCGUCGACGCUGUCCACUCGGGUAUCCAGUACUUGCACGCGUUGCAUCCAUGGGUACUUCAAAGGCUUGCGAUGCACGUCGAAGGCUUGGGCGCCGAGGCUUUGGAGAGCGAUGUCUACCGAAGUUCUUAUCAUGCCGCAGCCUACGUGGACAGGAAAGUGUUUGCCGUUCUGCGGAAGCCUAUUUUCGAGGUCUGCUGCGGCGACGUCGCCGAGAAGUGCGCCGCCCUCCAGCCCUCGGAGGUUGCCGUCCCGCCAGAUCCCAUCCUCGCGAAGGUUCAGGCUUUGCUGCGCCUCGGCUACCCCAUGGCGUGCGUCGAGCAGGCCUUCGACCUGAUGCGGGAGGCCCCGUGGAGCAUUUUGCGGUGGGAGCAGAUGCACGGCGCUGGAGCAUAA